AUGACUCUCUCCCAGCUGGUGGACGCACUUUCGAUCGCUCCUGCUAGAGCGGCUCAUGUGGGCCGUAUCAUGCGUUUGUUGGUCCACUCGGGCUUCUUUGCCUUACAAAAAAUCAACGGUGAUCAAGGAGGAGAUGAAGAAGGAUAUGUGCUGGCACCACCUUCUAGGCUCCUGUUGAAGGACACUGCGACAUGCAUGUCGCCGUUUUUGCUGGUGGUGCUAGAUCCAGUUGUAGUAAUGCCGUGGCAUUUCUUGAGCACUUGGCUCGUAGGGGAUGAUCCAACAACAGCCUUCAAGACCGCACACGGUAUGGACAUGUGGGACCACAUGGCGCAGAGCCCUAGGCAUCAUAACUUAUUUAAUGAUGCCAUGGCUAGCGAUGCUCAGGUAGCCAUGAGCAUAGUUGUUAAAGAGUGCGGUCUGGUCUUCCAAGGGUUGCGAUCAUUGGUCGAUGUCGGAGGCUGCACAGGAACUGCCACCAGAGCUAUCGCCAAUGCGUUCCCACACGUGAAGUGCACCGUGUUUGAUCUCCCACACGUGAUUGCGAGCAUGCCAAAGAGUAAGAACGUAGAUAUGGUUGGAGGGGAUAUGUUUGAGCCCAUUCCUUGUGCGGAUGCAGUUUUCCUCAAGGUAUACUUGUUUUACUUGCAGUUUACUAUUCCGAAGUAG